AGCGGGUGGGACGGUAAUGAGGGCGGGUACGGGCUGUUGUACGGCAAGGGAGCUCGGGAGCCGCCUCGGCGCCGUACGACACCUCGGCUGGAUCCAGAUGUCAUUCUGGCGCUGACAGAGGCAGUUGAGGAGGACGAGGUGGUAGAGGAGGAGGAGGAGCCACCUGUGCAACCGCCAGGCGAAGAGACGCAGCAGCAGCAGCAACCGGCUGAGCAGGCGGCGACCACAGCAGCGCCUGCCGCAGGUACUGCCCCUGCCAUUGCCUCCGCUGGGGGCGAGGGUGAGGGUGACACCGCUGCAGCCGCCGCCGCCGCUGCUCCUGCCGGCGAGGGUCAGGAGGAGUCCGCCCCGCAGACCGCCGCGGCUGCAGACGCGCCGCUAGGAGGCCAGGAGGCAGCCCCCGCAGAAGCGGCGGAGGCAGGCCAACAGGCUGAGCAAAAGGAGCCCUCAGCGCAGCCUCAGCCCGCCCCUGCUCCUCUACCUCGGCAGCAGCAGCAGCCCCGGCGGCGGGUAGUGCGGCUGCUGCCGCUGGUGAAUGCGGACUACGACGAGCUGGCGGCGCAGCAGCUGCCGGGGCCGCCGCCCAAGCGCGCGAGGAGCCCCGUGCAUGGUCACGGCCGGCGGCCGGAGGGUGCUUCCCAGUUGUGGGACUCCGAGGACGGGUCCGGCCCGGGAGCAGGAGGCCGCGGUCAGGAACGAGAGCGAGAGCGCGGUCGGGACCGGGAACGAGAACGGGAUCGGGACCGAGGGGAGCGGGAUCGAGAUCACAAGGACUGGAGCCGUCGUGACCGGGACAGGGAUCGGGACAGGGACAGGGAACGGGAACGCGACCGGCGUCAGGGUUCCGGGGCAGGCGGCGGCGGUGCGGUUGGCGGCAUGCUUGCUCCGCCACCCAUGGUUCCCGUCAUGCCGCCCAUCGCCAUGGGUGGGGUGCUGCCGCAUGCCAUGGACCCGCGGGACAUGCUCGGACCCAUGGGUCACCUGGACAUGGGUGGCGAUGUUUACCUGGACGGCGGCGGGGGCGAUGGUGAUGACGACGAUGAUGCCAUGGAGGGAGGCCAGCCGGGGGUUGUCAUGGGCGGAGGUGCUGCUGGUGUUGCCAGCGUAGGCGGCGGAGGCGUGGGCGGAGGUGCCCGGGGCAUCACAAUAAAGUUGGAGAGCAUGCCGCCGCUGGCCGCAGUGCAGCAGCUACCCGGGUCGCCUUUCAGGCGGUUUGGCAGCGGAGAUGGCAGCGGCCGCAGGCCCGAGGUGCUUGGCGGGCAGGGGGGCCCAGGGGUGGCCCCGAAGCUGGAGCAGGAGCAAGCGCCAAAGGGGUGGAACCCCCUCGACGAGGCGGCUGCUUACGGGGAUUUCGGCGGCGGCGGCGACUACUACAUGGACGACGGCUACGGCAAUGAAGACGACGAGGCGUCUUUGGACGAGCAGAAGCAGCAGGCGCAUGCCAAUGAGGACCAACAGCAGGCGCAGGUGCAGCAGGUGCAGCCACAACAACAACAGGAGCCUACCGCCAUGCCCUCGCUGCUGCCACAACCCGACGAGGGCGGCUCCGUCCAUACUCGCACCAAUCCGGUCAAGGACGAGGGCCGCUCGCAUGCGGCGGCUGGCGCGGAGGACGUCACCACGUCAACUGCGGCAGCAACAGCGGCGACCGGAGCUGCAGCGGGCGGCCCUUCUGGAGGUGCAGCGCCGCGCAGCGGAGGCGCCGGCCUAGAAGACGAGGGCACAGGCGACGCCGAUUUCGCCUUCCAUGGCGGUUCCGCUGCCGGUGGUGGCUCCAUGAGUGUGCUGGACUUGCUGAACCCCAUGGCAGCCAUGGGGGGGCUGGCGGGCAUGGGCGCGCUGGGGCCCAUGGGUGCCCUGGGCGCCAUGCAGGGGCUCACCAUGCCUGGCCUGCUGCCCGGGAGCAUGCCGCCGCUGAUGGCAGGGGGCAUGCUGGGGCUCGGGUCGCUCAUGGGAGGGCCCGCACCGGCGGCGGGGGCAGCAGUCACCACGCCGGGAGGUGCAGGCACGGGAGCAGGAGGGGCUGCUGCAGUUGGUAGUGUGAAGACGGAGGGAUCCGGCGGACAGCGCUCAGGACGGGAGAGUGGGCGGCCGGAGAGGUCACAUGGCGCCCACCGCUCUCGCUCUAGGUCGCCGCGCGCCCGCCGCUCACGCUCACGUUCCCGGGAUCGCGCCACACGACGCGAGCGGCCCCGUAGUCGCAGCCGCGACCGGCGUGACAGGGACCGCCGCAGCCGUAGCCGCGAACGUGAGAGGGAUAGGGACCGGGAACGUGAGCGGGAGCGGGGAGGUGGGAAGGACCGUCGGCGGAGUCGUAGCCGUGAGCGAGAACGCCGCGACCGAGACAGGGACAGGGAGAAGGAUAGGCGUGACAGGGAUAGACGGUAAUGAAAGCUGCUAGGGUGUUGUGCCGGUGCUUGGGGCUUGUCACGUGAGCGCUGAGCUGCAGACUCGUUUUACCAACUUGGGCAAAAGCGUGGCUGUGCCAUGAAUCGUAUCCCCGACGUGCUGUAGCGAAGUGUGACGUUGUAAGACGGUUACAUGCAUGCUCAAGUGUUAGGUUGUAAGUGGUUAUGCCUCGAGUCGAUGCCCGAGUAUCUAUACACCAUGCAACCGGAUAUGAAGAGAUACCAUGCGCAGAUAAGGCUACAUCGCUAAAAAAAGCUCUACUCGAUAAAUCGGCUUCCUUAAGUUAUGAAACAAAGCGCCUGGAAC